CUCUACUUUCAGUUUCUCUUUUUCUAUACCAUAAACCAAAACAUUAUGUGGCGAAAUGUUUCUUUUGUGGAGAGAAUAGAGCUUGACUUUUCGGGAAACAUUUUUAAUCAUGCUAUUGUACUUGGUGAUGUUGAUAAUGAUCAGGGGCAUGAGUUAGCAGUUGGAAACACUGAUGGGGAUUUAGCAAUUUUUAAGGGAAGUUCAAAGUCCCCUUGGAAGCGGUGUUCCAGUCUGGGAAUGAUAACAUGUAUUGGAGUUGGGGAUGUCUUCAACAAAGGAAAGAAUGUGCUGGUUGCAUUGACAGCUGAAGGAUGGUGUAACAUUUUUGACAUAAAAGCAGACUCAUCUGGUGAGACCAGCAAAGACUUGGAAGCUGGAGAUCAUUUAGCCCCAACCUUCAAUCAACAUCUGCCGGCCAAUGGGAAAGUUCUUCUGAUCGAAGAUGUUGAUGGUGAUGGUAAGGUGGAGCUGACGGUGGCAUACUCUGACCGGGUGGUGCGAUGUUUUAGGUGGAGCACGGUUCAGGACCCAGAGACAGAGGAAAUCACCAAUAACCUCAUCCAGAUACAGAAAUGGCAACUAGCAGGACAGAUUGGUUCUCUGACUGUCAACUUUACAGAAGAAGGUCAUCCUGAACUUCUAGUGGCCCAGCCAGGAGGGGAAUACGUGACCAUGACCUUCAAACAGGGGUCAGAACUCGACCUCUCUAGUGACAGUGAAGGGUACAAUGAAGAAGUAUUGAAAUCUGACCAGAGAGCAAAUCAAUCAGCCUCUACAGAAAUCAUUGGCGGCAUCUCCAGACAGACCUCAAAACAGCCGGGGACCUAUUACGCAAUAUGUACUUUAGAUGGAAAUCUGUUGUUAGUUGAAAAGAAACAGAUUUUAUGGUCUUUACAAGUUGACCAUCAGCUGUUUUCUCUCAAAAAGUUGGAUGUAACAGGCAAUGGGAAGGAGGAAGUGGUUUGUUGUUCGUGGGACGGUCAGACGUACAUAGUUAACCACAACAGAGCGGUGGUCAGGUACCAGUUCCAGGAAAGUGUCGCCGCAUUCACAGCAGGUCUGUAUGGUGUGGAUAACAACCCUAGCUUUGUGUACGCCACAUACAACAACAAGAUUUACAUCUACAACAGUAUACAGCUACCACAGGUGGAGUCCACCAAUCUGAUCGAAGUGAUGGAAAAACGAGAAAACACUCAGGAAUUACUGGACAAGAUAGGACUGCAAGAUGCUCACCCCACCCAGCUCCGAGAUCUGUACCACUGGUUGUUGUAUGGGUGGAGGGACUAUACGUGACCUCACCUGUAUCCUGGGGGAGUAGGGAGACACGAUGACCCUAUUGUGUGAUGAUCACCUGCCAUGUCAGGUGAACACAGCAGCUUUAAUGAAAUUACUUGUGAACUGAUGACACCAGUUUCAAAUACAUGUACAUGUAAUUACAAAAAUUGCUUGAAACAGCAUCAAAACUAUUGAAAAGAUUUAUUCAAAUAUAUAUGCUACAUUAUUUUUAUUUGUGUACAUUGUAAACAUGAUUAUUAAAUGCCAUGACAGUUUGA